AAGAAAAGGAGAAGAAGCUCAGUCGACGUUCCAGAAACUGUGGAAACUUUCUUGGUGCGACGGUUCGGGCCCAAGAUCCAGACUCUGGUGCUACGGCUCUAUUACCCUCGUCUAUCCGAAACUCCAGUGGCUACUAGGAUGCCGGCUGUUAGCAAUAGUGGGCCACCCAAUAAUUAUCUUCUUGUUCAACUUAAGCGACCGAGUCGACAACACCGGCAGCAUUGCUGUACAUGGUUGAGCCGUGAAAAUCGCUUUUCUGACAGGGCCCACGCCGCCCUGCAAUCAAGUCAUCCAUCAUCCACUCAAUCAGGGGCCAAAACUGCGAGUCAUUCGGGCGAUCAGGUUGUUACAUGGGGG